AUGUCGUCUUCUUUCGCAGGAAUUCUGCAGCGGCGUAACCAGAAACAGCUAUCAUCAGGCAGCACUUUGUUGGCGCUCACUGCGUUUUCUUCCUAUGUGUUCUUGUUGAACCUGGCCCCAGUGUAUGGAUCCGGUCCAUCACACAUUUUCCAUGGUUAUGGAGUCGCACUUGUUGCCGCAGCCGGCUGGUUCCUGAAGGACUACAUUCAGAAGCUGUCGGGUCGGCGCGCCAUCUUUUUGAUUCCUGUGCUUGCUUUCUGGGUUCCCACUAUCCAGUAUUUCUUACUCCAGCAAAGCUCCCAGUUGGGAAAUCCAACGGGGCCUCUAAUCACGGAGGCCAUUGCGUACUACCCGUUCCUACUACUAUCUGUGGCCUGCGCUGGGAAGCUGAUGCAGUCCGGUCUGAAUCUCGAGCGACAUGGUGACCUAAUCUCCGAGCAUGCACCUCUCCUGGCAUCAUACUUCGUUUACUCAGCUGGAGACCACUUUGCUAAAGCCUUCAUCUCCAGGUUUAUUGGUGUAGCAUUCUUUUUUUCACGCACUGGCUUCCAGGUUUUGAUUGCAACUCUCUAUUCUGUGGUCAUUCCAUCCAAGCUGCUUGUGUUGGCAAUCCCAUCCAUUAUCUUCUCCUUCACGUCGAACGUGCAUAUGCCGCUCGGGCGUACCACCGCUGGAGUAGACUCAGCCCUCCAAACCGAGGGUUUUGCCCUCGUCGCUCGACAAGACUCUACUACAGGUUACAUCUCGGUUCUGGAUAAUCUGGAGGAUGGCUUCCGCGUGAUGAGGUGCGACCACAGCCUGCUAGGCGGCCAAUGGAAUAAGGUUCAUCACAAUUAUAACCCCGACGUCAAGGAUCCGAUCUACGCGGUCUUUACUAUGCUUGAAGCCGUUCGGCUGGUGGAGACGGCACAGGGCGAACCCCGAGUAGAUGCCAACAGCAAGGCGCUGGUUAUCGGUCUCGGCGUCGGCACCACCCCUGCUGCAUUAAUCUCUCACGGUAUCGAAACCACCGUCGUGGAGAUCGAUCCCGUCGUGCACAAUUUCGCUCUACGGUACUUCGACCUCCCCGCUGAACAUAUUGCCGCCAUCGAAGAUGCCACAAAUUUUGUGGAACGCGCCCAGAAAGCGCCGGAACCCGCUCAAUACGACUACAUCGUCCACGACGUAUUCACUGGCGGAGCAGAGCCUGUCGAGCUUUUCACCAUCGAGUUCCUACAGGGCCUCGACGCUCUCCUCAAACCGGAUGGAGUCAUUGCCAUCAACUUCGCCGGAGAUGUCUCUCAAUACCCAGCUGCCCUCACUGUUCGCACCAUUCAAGCCGUCUUCCCGUCUUGUCGGAUCUUCCGCGAGGCAGAAUCCAACGACCACACCGCGGACUUUACCAACAUGGUGAUCUUCUGCAAGAAGAGCUCCGCCAAGCCUCUUCGCUUCAGAAAACCAGUCCGAGCAGACUAUUUGAACAGUAAAUUCCGCGAGAACUAUCUGAUACCUAAGCAUGAGCUUGAUCCCUCUGUGUUUAUGGCCGUGAAGGGUGGUAAGCCUGUUCUCAGAGCCAGUGAGACUGGACGUCUGCAUAAGUGGCAGGAUCAGGGCGCACUGGAGCACUGGCAUAUUAUGAGAAAGGUAUUGCCAGAUGCUGUGUGGGAAAACUGGUGA